CUUAGUUGCAGUAGUUGCAGCUAUGACGUCCUAUGCCAAGGGCGACAAAGUGGAGGUUUGGAGUAACUCCCAAAAGGCAUGGUGCACAGAUGGUCUUGUUCUCGAGGCCCCUCACAUUGAUUGCGAGAUCGAUGGAUACGCGAUUCCUGCAGGUGCGGUCAAAGUAACCUCAUCUGCUGGAACCAAAUGGAUUCUGCCUGACCAAGUGGCAGAGGUUCUCCGAAAGGUGCAAGGCGAUGGAUUGGAUCCCCUGCCCACUCCGGCCUUAACUGGGCCUUCUUCACCGCCUGGAAAGGAAACGAGGUCUGGCAUGUGCAAAAUGGGCUGCAGCCGGCCAGUGCAGCCCGGAUUGACAAGGGGAAUGAAGGCCUUUGACACCUGCUGCAAGAAAUGCGCUCAAGGGAAGGGAGGGCACGAUGCCAAUUGUGGUGGCUCUGCAGCACCCUUGGGGCGAAAAGAUACCAGUCUUCUGGAAGAUCCCAGGUCCUGGUUGAAUGGCUUGCUCUCCUCGGAGGAGACGUUGAACAAACACGUAAGCAAAGUCCUGGCAAGCGCUGGAAAGGAUGGUUCUCUGACGGCUGAGCUGGCCAAGGAGGCGGUUUCCCGACAUCUUUUGCAGCCCAUUGGCAUCACCUUGCAGGUGAAUGACCGCGCGGCUUCAGAGUGGGUCUCAACUUAUGGCACGGGAGGCGUACUGGACAAAGCAGCUUUUACCAAGCUGGCACAAGUGUUGAUACAGGAUCGACUGCAAGCAUGGUUCCCCGAGAAGCUCUGUGCGCAGAUCCACAACUUUGUUCGCAAGAACCCUGUUGCUAACGUCGAAUCUGUCUAUGAAGUUGGACGGCUCCUAGGAGAAGGCAGCUUCGGAAAAGUGUAUGAUGUCAAGCACCGCGUUUCGGGUGAAUCCCGCGUUUGCAAGAAGAUUGCCAAGCUGAAGGGGAAAAUCGGUAUGAAGGUGGAAGAGAUUCUACAAGAGAUUGAAAGCAUGGCGAUGUUGGAUCACCCCAAUGUCAUCAAGGUCUAUGAAUACUUUGAAGACAAAGAAAGUGUCUCACAGAUCAUGGAGCCUUGCUGUGGAGGUGAGUUACAAGACAAAAUCAACGACGUGUUUCAGAAGGGACAGCCGAGAUAUGCUGAGACUUUUGUUUGCGAUGUCAUGAAGCAGACUCUGAGAGCACUUGCUUUCAUGCACAGCCACAACUUCAUGCACAAGGAUCUGAAACCGCAAAACAUCAUGUUGGUGAGCAAAGACUCGUCAUCCAUCAAAGUAAUUGACUUUGGCUUGGCAGAGCUCUUUGAGCCAGAUCAGAAGCAUUCUGAUGCAUUUGGCGGAACUUUGCUGUAUAUGGCACCAGAGGUUUUUAAGCUCAAGCUGGAAUUCAAGUCAGACAUUUGGAGUGCUGGAGUGAUUUUAUACAAUCUUUUGACAGGUGACUAUCCCUUCAUGGCCACUUGGCCCUUGCCGAAAGGGAAGACAAUGGAAUGGUGGCAAAGUGAGCUCACACGAUCCAUCCAAGAGGAUCGUUUCCGUGACAACAAACUGCUUCCAUCUUGGUCGCCUGAGAGUCUGGAUCUACUCCGCAUCACCUUGGAAAAGGAUGUGAGAAACCGCCCUGAAGCAGCAGGUUGCCUUGAGCAUCCCUGGUUCACCAAACAUGAGGCAGCUCCCCCACCUCUAUCAGUUGGCGUGACGCAAUGCCUUGAAGCAUAUGCUCUGCAGCCGGAAAUGAAGAAGGCAAUUUUUUUGCUGAUUGCACACAUGUGCACGGCGCCGGCGCUACAAGAGCUGCGGGCAAUCUUCACGCACUUCGACGUCCUCAACAGGGGCGCCUUAUCACUAUCUCACUUCAGAGAAGUGCUGUUCAAAUCUGGAAUGGCAUCUUUGCAGGUGGAGCGAAUAACCCAUGCUUUGGACCAGGACAAAAGUGGUGCGGUGACGUGGACAGAGUUCCUUGCCGCAGCGCUUUGUGUCAGUGUGUGUAGAAACAGGCGCUUGGUCGAGGCGGCAUUUUCCGUCUUUGACAAAGACGGGGACGGCAAGGUGAGCUUGGAAGAUUUUUCCGACUACUUCGCACUUGGAGAUGAAAGAGAGGUGUGGUUGAGGCAUUUGCCCAGACAGCUUCAGAUCAUCGGUGACAAAGGACCUGAUGGCAAGUACACAAAGGUCGCAUUCUCAGACAGAUUUGUGGUGUCAAAGAGAAUUGGUGCGCGCUUUCUGAGGAGCAAUUUGUGGAGUACGUUGGCAAACGCAUGGGCCUCAGGUUCAGUUUUUUGCGGAUGUACAACCUCAUGAAAAGUCUGAUAAAACUUGAAUUCUAUAGUAGUUGCAACCGAAUUUCCACAUUAUUGGUGCUGCAAAGGCAUGGUUGUGACAUCCGGCGAUGCCCUAAUGGCAGUUGGCUAAUAUUGUUACAAAA